AUUACACAGGUGUCACGUCACUCAAUUUGAAACUAGUUGUUCAAAUAAUACCAUGAGCAAAGAAAUGUACACGGAUUUUUCUAUCGCUUCUGCGAAAUAUUUAUCGAAAUAUACAGGAAUAUGGUUGCCAAAGAAUAUAGCUGAAGAACGGCAAAGAAAGGUCACCGUAUCAUAUAUGACCGUCGCGCUUCUCUAUGGGAUAUACGUGAAUGUGAUGGAUAUCUAUCACACAUGGCCCGAUCCAAGUCACUGUAUGUUCCUGAUACUAAACGCCACGUGCAUCAGUGUAACAAUAAUCAAGAUGCUCAUUUUAAACGCUAAGAGAGCUGAAUUCGCAGACGUUCUUCUUUAUGCACAGCGGCAUUUUUGGCAUAACAAUUAUGAUUCCGAAGAACAACUGAUCUUUUCCAUAUGUGUCAAAUAUUGCACACGGUUUGUGAUGUUCGCAUUCCUUGCCCUACCAAUUGCAUUGUUUGGUUACGUGAUUACACCUAUCAUUGCAAAUCACGGAGGAGAUAAGUCAGAGAGGGUACUUCCAUUCAAGAUGUGGGUUGACUGGCCCUUAACUGAGACACCUUAUUACGAAUUAAUGUUCAUCUUUCAGGCAGACGUAAGUCCUUCUAUGCGUAUCAUUUUCCUAUUCCACAUGAUUGGAAGCCUGGGUUACCUGUGUAUGCUAACGUACACUUGCCAUCACAUGAUGGAGGAAAGCAUGAAUAUUACUACAACGAUAUAUUUAGGAUUUUGGAGCACAUUACCAAUGAAUAAAGUUGGAAGAUCAUUUCGAUCGAUGAUGAAAUUCAUUAUGAUAAGAUCAUUGAAACCAUGCUGUCUGACUGCUGGUAGAUUUUUCCCUGUGACUAUGGAAACUUUUACCACGCUUUUAAGUUCAACAUUUUCCUAUUAUACCCUGAUGAGGCAAUCGUUCAUUCGAACCGAAGGAGAAUAGUAUACAAAAUAACUUAAUAUACAAUGAAUUCGAUAUAAGAUAUAUACAGAUUUCAUACUUUUUAAUGUAUGCACUUAAUAUACAUAGAACAUUUCUUUAUAA